AUGCCUGUAGUUCGGCAAGCGGCAGAGCUGGUUGCUCGCUUCACGCUGAAGUUGCCCAACAUCACGCCCCAGAAAGGCACCACGCUCAUUGAAGAGAUGAGAUGCUAUAGUCUUCCCUAUGGCGCAAUGGGGUUCGUGUCUCACGUCCUCACAUACUACGCCAUCGCCUGCCUUUGGGCUGCACGAAGCCCCCUCUGGCCCGCUCGGCGUGUCAAAUACAGCAAGUUCGAUUUAAUCCUCGGUAUCCUCGGCGUGAUUAUCUCCUCCGGUAUUGCCAUCUUCACAAUCGUGAGCUGCAAAAACUCGUGGCAACUGCUCGUCAUCGCCGUCUGGAAGAUGAGCAUGUCUCUGUUGAACGGUUGCACGGCGAUCCACGCAGCUCAUUUGGCCAUGAAGGACGGUUACAAAGCCGUCGCACAUCCUGAAAAGACCGCCUGGUGGAUCCUGCUAUAUGUCCCAGGAAUGUUCGCUGGAAUCAGCGGACUCAUGUCCCUCGUUGUUCAACAUCUUGACAACGUCGGUUUAAGGAAGCUCACAAUCGCCUUCUACUCUAUCAUUGGCAUUGGCGUUCUGAUCUUUCUGAUUGGGAUGUUCCGCGGCGCCUCCCGCAAGGUGAAGUCGGUGGAUGAUGACGACGGAGAAAAGGUCUGGUACUGGGGAAUUGGAGGCUUUGGGUUCUCCUUCACGCUAUUCACUAUCCUAGCCGCCUUCUACGGUGAUUGGGCCUUAGGAAUGAUGGUCCACAACCUAGUUGGGCUGCCGAGCGGAGAUAGUUCUGGACUCUAUUGGUCGUAUUGGCUGGCAAAGCGCUUGACUUUGUUCAGCUGGUGA